UUCUUCAACAACUGCAGCCACCUCGGUAGCUCGCUAGCCAACAAAGUCGGAACAUUGAAGUUCUUUAGACAAUUUCGUGCUUUAUUUGCUACUGAUUUAAACAUACAUAUGUGGAAACAACUAGCUACCCAGUAUAAUUUAAUAUUUACGUUGUAACUCAACCCGCUGGCCGGUUAGGUUAGCACUAGUGUAGUCGCUAAUGCUAACUGGCUAACAUCCCCGAACAUGAGUUCACUAAGCUACUCUCCUCAUUGUAAAGAAGAGGAGGUCUGCUGGACGGAGAAAGAAGCUCUCGUGAAAGAAGAAGAGGAAGAGAAGGAUGUUACAAUACAAAAACAAAUAGAGGGUGGGACUGUUACCGUGAAAGAAGAAGAUCAAGACGUUACAGUCAAAGACGCCUUCAGGGUGAAAGAGGAGGAGGAUGUUACUGUGAAAGAAAAGGAGGAAGAUGCAGUUUUGGGAGUGGAGGAUGAAGUGAAAGAAGAUGAAGACAUUUUUGGAAUGAAGGCUGAAGAGGGGGAGAUCACUGUCACAUUAGAGGAGGACGAAGAAGAGAAGACUGGAGAACUGAUUAACACCAGUAAAUACAGAGAGAGACGGGACUAUCAUGGAUCCUCUGGGGAGCUUCAACAACAUCAUGAUGCUGACGAGGCAGAGAAGAGUCUCUCCAGAUCAGAACUUCUCAAGAAACACCAGCAGAGACCCACAGGAAAGAAACCUCACUGCUGCUCUGACUGUGGGAAACAUUGCAAAUCUUCAUCAGAACUUAAAAAACACCGGAGAACACACACAGGAGAGAAGCCUUAUAGCUGUGAUCAAUGUGGGAAGAGUUUUACUAAUUCAAGUAAUCUGAAAACACACCAGAGAACACACACAAGAGAGCAGCCUUACAGCUGUGAUCAGUGUGGCAAGAGUUUUACUCAGUUAUGCAACCUGGUAUCACACCAGAGAACACACACAGGAGAGAAACCUUAUAGCUGUGAUCAGUGUGGCAAGGGUUUUGCUCAGUCAAGUAGCCUGGUAUCACACCAGAGAACACACACAGGAGAGCAGCCAUAUAGCUGUGAUCAGUGUGGCAAGGGUUUUACUCGGUCAACCAACCUGGUAUCACACCAGAGAACACACACAGGAGAGCAGCCUUAUAGCUGUGAUCAGUGUGGCAAGGGUUUUAUUAAUUCAAGAAACCUGGUAACACACCAGAGAACACACACAGGAGAGAAGCCAUAUAGCUGUGAGCAAUGUGGGAAAAGCUUUUCUCGGAGAGGAUACCUUAAAGGACACCAGAGAACACACACAGGACAGAAGCCUUAUAGCUGUAAUCAGUGUGGCAAGAGUUUUACUCAGUCAAGCAAGCUGCUAUCACACCAGAGAACACACACAGGAGGGCAGUCAUAUAGCUGUGAGCAAUGUGGGAAAAGCUUUUCUCGGAUAGGACACCUUAAAGGACACCAGAGAACACACACAGGAGAGAAACCUUAUAGCUGUAAUCAAUGUGGGAAGAGUUUUACUCAUUCAAGUAAUCUGAAAACACACCAGCGAACACACACAGGAGAGAAGCCUUACAGCUGUGAUCAGUGUGGCAAGAGUUUUACUCAGUCAAGCAACCUGGUAUCACACCAGAGAACACACACAGAAGAGCAGUCAUUUAGCUGUGAGCAAUGUGGGAAAAACUUUUCUCAGAGAGAAAGCCUUAAAGAGCACCAGAGAAUACACACAGGAGAGAAGGCUUAUAGCUGUGAUCAAUGUGGCAAGAGAUACUCUCAUUCAAGUGGUCUGAUUAAACAUCAGAAAAUACAUGCAGGAGAUCCACAGAGUGUAGAAUGAUCUCCAACACCAGACCUGGGAAUGAUCUCCAACACCAGACCUGGGUAGUAGAACACAGUGUGGAAUGAUCUCCAACACCAGA